CAGGCAAGAUGUUCAAGCUUCUAGCAAUUACGACACUGUUGGCGGUCGCAGUUGCCAAUCCAAUUAUAAAAAACGAUGGGCGAAUAGUUGGUGGCCUAGAAAUUCCAAUCGAGGAUAUUCCUUACCAAAUCAGUCUCCAUAAAUACUCGAUCCAUACAUGCGGUGGCAGCAUUAUUUCUAAAAAUUUUGUUCUCACUGCAGCCCAUUGCGUUUUCGACGACCCAGCAAGAAUGUUCACAGUUCGAGCAGGCUCAUCCAAUCAGAAAAAAGGUGGUAGUCUUCAUAGGGUUGUGAAAAUCAUCAAGCAUAGUUUUGGAUUCACAGCCACUGGUGUUCCUUACAAUGAUAUUGCAUUAUUGGAAGUUAGCCCCCCGUUCCAAUUUGAUGAUAAACGUGCACCAAUUCCUCUUCACACUUUCAAAGAAGAAAUUGAAACAGGAAGCAUAGCUCUUGUAAGUGGUUGGGGUAGAACUGAUUCUGAAAUAAGACCAGCUUAUCUUGAAGCAGUGGAAGUACCAAUGAUUUCUAGAGAGGAAUGUAUAAAAGCCUAUAAAACACAGGAACAGCUUCCAACAGGAGAAAUUUGUACUAUGUAUCAGGUUGGAGGAAAAGACGCUUGUCAGGGUGAUUCUGGUGGUCCCUUAGCUCUUGAUGGUCAUCUAAUUGGAAUUGUCUCUUGGGGAAUUGGUUGCGGUGUCAAAGGAAAUCCUGGAGUGUAUACAGAUGUUUCUCAUUAUGCUGAAUGGAUCAAGGAAAAUGCUGGACUUUCUGAUCCAUCGACAGCCCUCGAUGGACGGAUAGUUGGUGGCAAGGAAGUAAAAAUUGAAAGUUUCCCCUACCAAGUUAGCUUGAGACACUUUGGAUUGCACUCUUGUGGAGGAAGUAUCAUAUCUUCUGAUUACGUUCUUACGGCAGCUCAUUGUGUAGAUGGUUUCAAUUUCUUUUACCGAAUUCGAGCAGGAUCAUCCCACAAACUCGUUGGCGGAACCUUGCACCAUGUUAAGAGAAUAAUCAAACACAGUGGAUACAUGGUAACUAAACAAGGUGUACCUGUAAAUGACAUUGCUCUCAUUCAAGUCAGACAACCUUUUAAAUUCGACAAAACCCAUGCUGCGAUUCCUCUUUAUGAAGAAGCAUCCAAAACUGGUAUCACUGCCACAAUUAGUGGAUGGGGAACCACCAAUUCAGAAAUAUCUCCAAAUUAUUUACGAGCAGUAGAUGUACCCAUAAUUAGUAAAAAAGAAUGCAAAGAAGCCUAUAAAAACCUCACUGUUCUUCCCGAGGGACAAAUUUGUGCUGCUGUGCCAGAAGGGGGAAAAGACGCUUGUCAAGGUGAUUCUGGUGGUCCUUUGGCUAUCAAUGGAAAAUUGGCUGGUAUUGUAUCAUGGGGAAGUGGCUGUGCUGUCAAAGGAAAGCCUGGAAUUUAUACUGAAGUAGCUCACCAUUUAGUGUGGAUACAAAGAUACGCCAAUUUGCAAUUAUCGUAUGAUAAUAUGAUAUAUCCUGAAACAUCCGCUGCCCUUGAUGGAAGGAUAGUUGGUGGCAAGCCAGUAAAAAUUGAAGACUUUCCGUAUCAAGUUAGCCUGAGAAACUUAGGCAUUCACACCUGUGGUGGAAGUAUAAUAUCUUCUGAGUAUGUUCUCACUGCAGCUCACUGUGUAGAAAUAAACAUUGAAUUGUUCUACGGAAUUCGAGCAGGAUCAGCAAACCAACUCUUUGGAGGAACCAAGCACUGGGUCAAGAAGAUUAUCAUAAACAGUGGAUAUCAUGUGACUAAAGAGGGUGUGCCAGUAAAUGACAUUGCUUUAAUUCAAGUGAAACCGCCUUUUAAAUUUGGAAAAACUCGUGCUGCGAUUCCUCUCUUCGAAGGAGUAGUUAAAACUGGUAGCAAUGCCACUAUUAGUGGUUGGGGAACAGCUGAUACUGUAUUUCCUCCAAGCAAUUUACAGGCAGUAAAUAUCCCUACCAUUAGUAAUGACGAAUGUCAAGAAGCCUAUAGAAACCUAACUGUUCUUCCCGAGGGACAAAUUUGUGCUUCUGUACCAGAAGGAGGAAAAGACGCCUGUCAAGGUGAUUCUGGUGGUCCAUUAGCUAUCAAUGGCCAAUUGGCUGGUAUCGUUUCUUGGGGACUUGGUUGUGCUGAAAAAGGUCAUCCUGGUGUCUACACUCAAGUAUCUUAUCAUUUAGAUUGGAUCCGAGGUUAUUUAAAUUCUGAACCAAUUGAAAGGACCGAUGGCCGCAUAAUUGGUGGAACCGAAGUACUUAUUGAAGCGGUUCCUUAUCAAGUAAGUCUACAAAUGGAUAACCGUCACAUAUGUGGAGGAAGUAUAAUAACAAUCAACUUCAUCCUGACUGCAGGACAUUGUUCGGAAUAUCCUGCAAGUUCUUACACCGUUCGAGCUGGAUCAUCAAUCUGGAACAAAGGCGGAACUGUUCACAGGGUCAUAGAAGUAAUAUUGCAUCCACGUUUCGACAACUCGCUAGAUUUCGUUCCAGUGAACGAUAUAGCGUUGAUGCAGGUGCAGCCAACGUUUGAACUUGCUAAGUCGCGAAAAGUCAUCCCCCUUUUUAAUGGCAAUGUUGUAGCUGGCAGUUUAGCGACAGUCAGUGGCUGGGGAUCAACAAUUUUGAGAAUUAUUAAACUGCAUGUAGUUAGUGUACCAGCGAUAACCAAAGAAGAAUGCAGAAGGGCCUAUAAAAAAUAUCUGGAUCUUCCACCUGGUCAGAUUUGUGCUCGCAAUGAAAACGGUGGAAAGGAUGCCUGCCAGGGUGAUUCUGGUGGUCCUUUGGUCAUCGAUGGUCGAUUGGCUGGGAUUGUUUCUUGGGGAAUUGGCUGUGCAGAAAAAAAUCAUCCUGGAGUUUAUACCGAAGUUUCGUAUCACUUAUCUUGGAUAAGGCAGAAUAGUUUUUAA